ACGGAAGUCUUCUUCUCUCACUCUGAAAUCUGUUGUCGAGAAAGUCCGGCGAAAAGAAGAAGAAGAUUCAGCUGAGCAAAAUCGCCGGCUAUCGAAUUCGCGCCUUUCGUAUUCCAAUCUCCCUCGCUUCGCAUCCGAUUCCCGAUCAAUUUAGUCGGAGAGUAAGGUAACUCAAGAGAUAGAGGGAGGAAGAUGUUGGAGAAGAUCGGAUUACCGCCGAAGCCCUCGCAGAGAGGAAACAAUUGGGUUGUCGAUGCUACGCAUUGCCAAGGCUGCGCUUCUCAGUUCACCUUCAUCAAUCGCAAGCAUCACUGCCGCAGAUGCGGGGGAUUGUUUUGCGGGACUUGUACGCAGCAGAGGAUGGUUCUGAGAGGCCAAGGCGAUUCCCCAGUGCGAAUUUGCGAUCCUUGCAAGCAGCUGGAGGAAGCCGCGCGCUUCGAGCUCCGCCAUGGUCACAAGAACAGGGCGGGCAAAGGAGCGAGUUCGAAAUCCUCAUCGAGAGAUGAGGAUGAAGUUUUGAAUCAGAUUCUAGGGAGUAGUAGUAGUGCUUCGAGCCUGACUACAAGAGGGCCUAGCACUAUGGAUCAUGGUGGAGAAAUUAGUCGAAGUUACUCGGUUGAUGGUGAUAAUCAUGUAAACCAGGAGACAACUCCUGAGGAAUUAAGAAAACGGGCUGUGGAGGAAAAGGGAAAGUAUAAGAUUCUGAAAGGAGAGGGUAAAUCGGAUGAAGCUUUGAAGGCAUUUAAGCGGGGGAAGGAACUAGAGAGGCAAGCUGAUGCUUUGGAGUUAACCAUUAGGAAAAACCGUAGGAAGGGUAUGAGUUCUGUAAGCUCGGUUGGGGAUUCUGGAAAGAAAGGUAGACUCCAUGACCAAGGGACGAAAGAGAAGGAUGAUUUUCUUUCUGAACUCAGAGACCUAGGAUUGCCUGAUAUGGAUCUCCAGGAAAAGGAUAAAAAGACUGCCAAUUUGACUCUGGAAGGAGAGUUGUAUUCUCUUCUUGGAAAUGUAUCUGAAAAGAAUACUAAAGAAAGAGGAGCUGGUGGGAUUGACAAAUCUCAGGUUGUUGCUCUUAAGAAAAAGGCUCUCAUGCUGAAGCGUGAAGGGAAGCUUGACGAAGCCAAACAAGAACUCAAGAAAGCUAAAAUUUUAGAGAAGGAACUUGAAGAGCAGGAACUGCUUGGUGGUGCAGCUGAAGAUUCUGAUGAUGAGAUCGCUGCACUAAUUCGUGGCAUGGAUGGUGGGAAAGAUGAUGAUGAUCUGCUCUCUAGUUACGAUCAGCCAGACCUUGGGUUCAAUUUCAAUAGUCUCUCAGAUGAUACUGGUUUUGAUAUUAAUGUUGAAGUUACUGAUGAUGAUCUGGUUGACCCGGAGAUGACUGCAGCUCUUCGGUCAUUAGGGUGGACCGAUGAAUGUGAUGCAGUGGAAGUCAGCAUUGACAGGGAAGCAAUGAGUAAAGAAAUCCUGUCUCUGAAGAAAGAGGCACUCAAUCUUAAACGAGCAGGUAAUGUGGCUGAGGCAAUGGCACAAUUAAAGAAGGCCAAGUUGCUUGAAAAGAACCUUGAGAGCUUAGAUGGUGGCGAGCCCACCGUUCUUCCAAAAACUUCAACUUCCCAACUUAGGAACCUGAGCAAAGAUGUAGUUCCUCCUAAGAGUAGAAUGACGAUCCAGAAAGAGCUUCUGUCGUCCAAAAAGAAGGCUCUUUCGUUGAGAAGGGAGGGGAAAUUGGAUGAGGCAGAGGAAGAACUGAGGAAAGGGAAAAUUCUUGAGAAACAGCUCGAGGAGAUGGAUAAUGCUACUAAAGUUAGCAGCACUACUGUUGAAGUGAACUUUAACCUGGGGUAUGAAGAUUCAGAUCUUUUGAGAAAUUCACAUGAUGGUGAUGUAGAUGUAACAGAAGAAGACUUGAGCAACCCGACUUACCUUUCCCUCCUAAGUGAUCUAGGAUGGAAAGAGGAAAGUAGUGUUUCUCCAGUCACUCAGUCAAGACCCAAUGUGCCACCAACAAGGACAUCAACGAAAACAAGAGGUGAACUACAGAGGGAACUUCUGGGACUUAAACGAAAGGCGUUAACUCUGAGACGUGAAGGAAAACCCGAUGAGGCUGACGAAGUGCUCAGAUCAGCUAAAGAAUUGGAGAUCCAGAUAGCGGAUAUGGAUCAACCCAAGAAAGAAACCCAGGUUGAAUCUGAUUUCAAGGAAGAUAGUGAAGCAGUUACUGAAAAAGAUAUGCAUGACCCAGCUCUUCUAUCAGUACUGAACAGCUUAGGGUGGAAAGGUGAAACUGUGCCAGCUGUUGCAGAAGUCAAGCCAUCUGUACAAGUUUCUGCUAGUUCUGUUCACUUUGAUAGCUUAACCGAAGCUGUUUCCACUUCAAGAAUUUCACAUAAUGCACGAAGAAGUAAAGGGGAAAUCCAACGAGAGCUUUUGGGUCUCAAAAGAAAAGCCUUAGCUCAUAGGCGUAAAGGGGAAACUGAAGAAGCAGAUGAAUUGUUGAAAAUGGCCAAUGUACUGCAGACCGAGUUGGAAGAACAGGAAGAUUCGAGACCCAUAGAAUCCGAGACUCCAGAGUCAUUGAUUGACCGACAUGAGAAUGUGAAGAUCCCUGCGAAUACAACUGAGACAACACGCUUGAUGGCAGCUGGUUCAAAAGACUCGGUUGUUGUGUCACUACCGGGAGAAGUAGGAAAUGCAAGCAGUGUUAAAGUCAUGGAUCAAGUGGGUUCCUCAAGAAAUGAACAGGCAACUGAUAGAAGCAAGGAUCACAGUCAUGUGCCGAGUUCUGUCCCAAGUUCGAGUUCUCAAGAGGAGGAAAGCUCAGUGCAGCAACAAGUUUUGGCCCGAAAGAGGAAAGCAUUAGCGCUGAAAAGAGAAGGCAAACUGGCAGAAGCUCGAGAGGAGCUUCGCCAGGCCAAGUUGUUAGAGAGAGAGAUUCUUCCCAGCCCCGAAACUCAUGCCCAGGAAGAGUCACCCCCUGCUAAAAAAAAAGAACCUACUGAAUCAUCCAGUGUGGUGGCCCCACCAAAGCAGCAGCUAUCGGGGCGUGAUCGUUUCAAGUUGCAGCAGGAAUCCCUGAGCCACAAAAGGCAGGCGUUGAAGCUCCGAAGAGAAGGCCGGACACAAGAGGCAGAAGCCGAGUUUGAGCUGGCCAAGGCACUCGAAGCCCAGCUGGAGGCAUCUCAAGAUUCCAACAAACCCGAAAUGAGUGAUGAUGUUGGUGUCGACGACGUUCUUGAUCCUCAGCUUCUAGCUGCCCUUAGAGCAAUUGGAAUCGAUGAUCCCACUCCGAAAUCACAACAAGCACAGCCGGUGAGAGUUAGUCCGAGCAAGGCAGCAGAGAGCGUUGUUGUUGCAGUUGGGGACGAAAGGAGCGAGUUGGAGGAGCGGAUCAAGGCGGAGAAAGUGAAAGCUGUAAACUUAAAACGCGCAGGGAAGCAAGCGGAGGCUGUGGAUGCUCUCCGCCGGGCGAAGAUGUAUGAGAAGAGACUAGGUUCCUUGGCAUCAAAUUGACCAAGGAUGGUUGUUCUGUGUUUGUAGUGAGCUUGUCAUUUUUUAUAUUCUCAACUUUUAAACCUUCUUCUCAUAGGUAACUAGGAUUUGAGAGUCCAGGUGUUCAAUUGGGUUGGCAGGAAGGAGAGAGUUGAUUUUAAACUCCUAACUUAAGAGGUCUUCCUCCCCUUGGCAGACAGUUAUGUUGGUUUGUGUAAAUCUUCGUAUGUAUUAUUCAAACCGAAUGGUAGUAACCGUGUGUUCAUCUAAGUAAAUGGGUAGAGAUAAAAAGAGAGGAUAUUUUGGAAUAAGAGAGAGAGAAUACGAAGAUCGAACAGGUGACCUUUGGCUAGG